AGAAUCAGCACCCUUGCUGACAAUAUUCCCAGCCUUUCUUCCACCUUUCUUCCUCCUUUGGCUUACACGUUUCCCACUGUGGGCCUCUUGUAGACAGACUACACAUCUUCACAAAGCAAUUUUGCAAGUGUGCAAUCGAGAAAGGGAGAUGUCCUAACAAGGAAGGGAUGAGACCCAUUUAGCCUUAUUACCUGACAAGAAGGAGACUUCUCCUGCCUUCCUACCUUUACUUCUAAAUCUCCCUUACAAGACAGAGACUUGUUCUGCUUUCCUUCUUCUUUGUUCUUGAUUCAGAGAUGGCUUUGAAGGGGGGCACUUCAAAAGGGUAUGGACAUAGCAAUAGCAGUGGAAACAGGGGAAGGGCGUAUGGGAUACUGCUACUGCUGGCGUUUGGGGCGGCAGUGUUGGGGGUGAUGCUUCUCCACAAGCUUAGGGAGAGACGCGUCUUCGACCUACUCCUCAGAGACAAGGACCGUGAGCUCCUUUCCCUUCAGUACCUCCUUCAGAAGCAAAGAAUUACUACCAAAGAAGCGAAAAGAAAAAUGGAAGAAAUGAAAGCAAAGAUAUUCUCUCUUAGGACGCAAAAGACACAACUCAACAACAGGAUUGGGGAUAUGCAGUCUGUGACAACUUCCCUUAAACAGGAGCAUAUGGCAUUGGAAUCAGCACUCGAAAAAUUGCAGAAUGAGAACAGAGUUCUAAGAGUAAAAGAUGUAAGCUCAGACAGGGAGAAUCCUGAGAUGAUAGCUCUAAGAGAACUUUUGAAGCAGAAGGAAUCAGAAAUUCAAGAGAUGAAGCUCCGUCUUGAGAAGCCUACCCAAAUCUGGUCAGUAAGUGCUGAUGAUCCGUCAAAACCACCAGUAAAUUUGGCCACAACAGGGACCACAGUAGAGGAGAAUGAAAAUGAGGUCAGUAUGAGUAAAGAGGAGAAUGUCACUGCUGAAUACCAGCAACUGCAAGAGUCUAUGAAUGUGAAAGAUGGACAAAAUUCAACAGAUAGGAAUGGAGCUGAAAAUGGAACGGCAGUAGAAGGCGGGAACAAGACUGUAAUUUCCAGAGAAGAGCUGUUGAAGAUAUUGGAUGAUAAUCCAGUUGGUGAAAAUACGACGCAGAGAGGUGCCUCCAUGCUGGAUUCUACACAGAGAGGUGACAAUGGUGAAAAUAAUGCAGAUGAGCAUCAAGGAGAGGGUCAAAUUGAAGGAGGUGGGGAGUCAGUAAAGCCCAAGGUUUCUCAAGAAGACGGGGAUCCUAAAGUAAGGGACCAGAGUAACGGGAAUCAAGUAAAGAAGGAUGAAAAUUCUCAUGAUGGUGAGCAUUUGAAAGUUGGUGAUGGAGAAGUCAUAAAAGACGAUCAUGGGGCCAUAAGAGAUGGAGAAUUACAAAAACCCAAGAAUCCUCAAGACAGUGAUGGUCAGGAACACAAUGUAAUUUCAAAGGGUGAGAUGAAGUUGGAAGUGAAGCCUGAUGUCUCUCAAAUUGGUGCAACUUCUAGAGCAAGAAGCCGGUCUAGAAGUAAGAAGGGGCAGAGGAGACGGCGAAUGAUAUCUAAAAAGAGGGAACUGGAGAAGAGUGGAAACUCUAAGGAAGCUUUGAGAGAUGGACAUGAUCAGGAAAAUGCAGUUAUAAGAGAAGAGCAGGGAGGUGGGCACUCAGAAAUGCCUGACGAGCCCAAAAAUGAAGUCCUGGGAAUAACAACCAACACUGAGAACCAAGAGGCAUUGGAGGGUGGAGAAGGAGCUGAUUCUAAUACCAGAAGGGUGGAGAUAGGUUUGAUUGGGAAAGAUGGGAUGGGGAUAUCUUCAGAGAGUGAGUUGUUGAAGCCCCAUGAUCCUCAACAUCAUGAAGAUGCAGAAAGUAAUGAUACAGCUGAUGGAAUCGGGAAAGAACAGGAAACUUCUCAACUGAAGCCACAGGAGUCUGAAGAUGGAGAAGAAGGGUUGACAAUGGACAGCAUCAAGAGUGAAGCCGGCCAACUUGCUGAUGAUGCCAUUGAACAGAAAUUGGAUGUCGGAAGACCACAAGAAGAUCAAGAAGAAAGUACUGAUACAUCUAAUGAAAUCGGGAAAGAACAGGAAACUUCUCAACUGAAGCCACGGGAGUCUGAAGAUGGAAGAGAAGGGUUGACAAUUGAACAGAAAUUGGACGUUGGAAGACUGCAAGAAGAUCAAGAAGCCAGUGCUGUCAAAAAAUUAGAAGACAGAGGUGCCACUGGAAAGGAUGCUGAUAGAAAUGAAGAGGCAGAGAAUAUGGAGGUUGAUAGUGCUGGCGAGCAGACAGAGAAAAAUGCAGAGACUGAAGAUGACAACCCCAGCGUUCUUGAUCUCGAGUUGGACGAUAUAGAAGAGCACGGGCAUGAGAAUACCACCGAGGAGGAAGAGUUCUAGACUUCUAGUUUCAUGUCGGUAUAGCUUUGUUAUGUGCAAAGUAAGAAAGGUUUGUCAUUGCAUUAGUUCAAUGCUUUUAAAUCUUUAAUGUUACAUUGCUUUUCAUGGUUUUAAGUAUCAGGAUCAUGGGUGUAUCUCCCUUGGAUCGGUGUCAGCCAUUCCAUAUCGGUAUUGCCGGUUGCCAAUCUGAGAUUUACCUCAAGUUGCCAUUGUAAAAGAAUCAAUUGUAUCACCCUUGGAUCUUACACACCAUAUCGGAUCUAAGUUCAAAAACAGAGGAAAUAAACUAUAGAUCACUUUCGUUUUCUUUUCCGA